GUAACUUGAACAAAUAUUAUUGCUUUUUGAAGUUCUGUCCGAAUAAUGGAGCUACCUUUUAUGACAAAUUGGAUCAACGGCUUGAUAAAGUCAUGUUUAUGUUGGUUGGUACUGGAAUUUUCGAUCCUCUGAAGCUAAUCGUUUGGAUAAGCCUCAGCCAAGUUGGUUCAUCGGGGUUUUCUGAGAUAUCAUUGCGUGCUAUAAUUUCUCUCAUCUUCUCUAUCUCUUACCGUCUUUUUUCUAUGACUAAGGGAGGAUUCAAUCCGUUGUUGAAAUUCUCACCCCAUCUUCGAGCUCUAGCUCUUAGAUAUGUGUUUUCCGUAUUUUGUCUCAACAGAAGAGAGCUUCCUCUAAUAGAUGGUUAUAAUUUAACCCGGCAUCAGAUCAGAGUUUUGUCUGUUGCUAUUUGUUUUUAUUAACGGUAAAUAUUAUUAACUAUAUUUUAAUUGCUCCCCUUUUUCCUGCUUUCCGCGUCUUUACCUCUGGUUAUGAUUCCUGUUCUUCUCGUCUCUGUUUCCUUUGAAACUUCCCUUGGGGUGUGAUUCCUUCUUCCCACUCAUGAGUGGCCAUUACUGAUCAUGAGUAAGAACUGCAUCUGAAUUCUAAAUGGCAAUCGAGUGCGAUAUAUAGAGUUCAACAGAGAUUGAAUUUUUCUCUGAAUAUGGGGAUGCCAACCGAUAUAAAAUUCAAGAAGUCAUUGGAAAAGGAAGUUAUGGCGUUGUUUGUUCAGCAAUUGACGCUCACACUGGUGAGAAAGUGGCAAUAAAGAAGAUACAUGACAUCUUUGAGCACAUCUCUGAUGCUGCCCGUAUUCUUCGUGAGAUAAAGCUGCUCAGACUUCUUCGACAUCCAGAUAUUGUUGAAAUUAAACACAUCAUGUUGCCUCCUUCUAGCAAGGACUUUAAAGAUAUUUAUGUUGUUUUUGAGCUUAUGGAGUCUGAUCUUCACCAAGUCAUUAAAGCUAAUGAUGACUUAACGAAAGAGCACUAUCAGUUUUUUCUUUACCAGCUACUUCGAGCAUUGAAGUAUAUUCACACUGCAAACGUCUAUCAUCGAGAUCUGAAACCAAAGAAUAUAUUGGCCAACGCAAACUGUAAACUCAAAAUCUGUGAUUUUGGGUUAGCUAGAGUUGCCUUCAGUGACUCGCCAACUACUAUAUUUUGGACGGAUUAUGUUGCCACAAGAUGGUAUAGAGCUCCAGAGCUUUGUGGAUCAUUUUACUCAAAGUAUACACCGGCAAUUGAUAUCUGGAGUAUAGGUUGCAUCUUUGCAGAAGUUCUUACAGGAAAACCACUUUUUCCUGGUAAAAAUGUCGUCCAUCAGUUGGAUCUGAUGACUGAUCUGCUUGGGACUCCCUCACUGGAUACAAUAUCUCGGGUUCGUAAUGAUAAGGCGAGGAGAUAUUUGACUAGCAUGAGGAAAAAGCAACCUGUGCCAUUUUCACAAAAAUUUCCUAAUGCAGAUCCUUUAGCUUUACGGUUACUGGAAAGAUUGCUUGCUUUUGAUCCGAAAGACCGGCCUACUGCUGAAGAGGCACUGGCUGAUCCUUACUUCAAGGGAUUGGCAAAGGUUGAGAGGGAACCGUCCUGCCAGCCUAUCAGUAAAAUGGAGUUUGAGUUUGAAAGGCGGAGAGUUACAAAGGAGGAAAUACGAGAGUUAAUUUUCCGUGAGAUUCUGGAGUAUCAUCCACAACUGUUGAAAGACUACAUAAAUGGAACAGAGAGACCUAAUUUUCUUUAUCCGAGUGCUGUUGAUCACUUCAGGAAGCAAUUUGUUCAUCUUGAGGAAAAUAAUGGUAAAAAUGGCCCCAUGCCUCUUGAAAGAAAGCACGUUUCUCUUCCAAGGUCAACGGUUGUGCAUUCAAAUAUGGUUGCACCAAAAGAGCAAUCAGAUGUCAAUUCCAGCAAGAACAGGCAAACAUCUGAGGAAUAUAAUAGGAACCCCAGAGACACAGAAAUUUCUGUUACAAGGUCAAUGCAGGGGCAGCUGAGAGUCCCAAUGGCAAAACCCGGAAAAGUAGUUGGGCCGGUUGUUCCUUACGAGUAUGCGAGUGUGGUCAAGGACUCGUAUGAUCCAAGGACAUUUAUCAGAGGUUCUAUGCUUCCUUCUCAAGCUGUUCACCCUGCUUAUUAUUACCACAGAUCGAGUUCUGGAAAUCAAGAAAGGUCAGCUACAACAGAGUCUGAUAAGGGUGUAUCUGUGCAAGCCAAACGUGCACAUUCUGAAGUUCGUGCCAAAAUAGCUCCAGAUAUAGCUAUUAAUAUUGAUACAAACCCUUUUUUUAUGACACGGGCAGGAGUGAACGGCAUCGAACAGGAUGAUCGAAUAGCAGCUAUGGACACGAAUCUAAUACCAACGAAGGCUCAAUAUGGUCGGAUUGGUGCCACCACGACGGCAACUACUGCUCAUAGAAAGGUUGGUCCUGUCCAGUAUGGCAUGACUGGUAUGUUUUAGGAGUUAUCAAGUGGAUUUUGGCCAAAAAACAAAAAAAAGUGGAUAUUUUGGCCAAUGAGGGAGAAAUCGUUUUAGGGAAAGGUCCUUUAUGGGGGAGGGCGCUUGGGUCUCUCGUAGGUUCUGUAAAAUAAGGGUGAGCGAGGCCGUGAGGCAGCCAUUCCCUUCGAAGAGCCUGCUUUCUCUGGUCAAGAGAUGCUUUAGACUUUGGUAAGAAGCUGUAUAAUUGGAAUUGACUCCUACUUAUUGAGAUCCUCUUUCAUAUCUCCCUCUCUGCCUCUCUCCACUCAAUUAUGAUUAAUAAAAAGGAUGAAUUGUAUGUAAAUUUCUUUAGUAUUUCUUAUGAAGUUCCUUAAAGAGUGUCGCAUGAAAAUUCAAUCUA